CGCUGGUGUCGAGCCUGGGUCCCUUCGGAAUAAAAAAAAAAAGCAACCUGAUCGGUUCAGAUUAGAGGCGCUCUAUCAUGAUGGGAUCAUCGCUAACUUAGGUGCCAGAAUCAUGGACCAUCGCCAGGUGUCAGAAUCAUGGGGAGAACAUAGCUCGCAAAUAUACCACCUAGUGGAAAUUUUGGCAUGUCAACCCGAACACGAAGUGCUCCUCAGGCCAUACGGGCGUAAACAAUCACUCUGAGCUCCGCAUUUUGAUAGGCUGAGCACAUGAGGGCGUAAAUACAAAGCAUCGCGGCCCGUGAUAGCGUGUCAGCCCCGCCCAUCAUUCCCAGUGCCUCCCACAAUGCCACCCCCAGUAACGCCUUCUCCCCACCGUUUCCUGCCACCACGCGAACCGCGCGUUCCCAAACCCUCCGCCCUACGAAAUGGCAUCCAGGCCCAGCAACAAACUCCAGCUCAAGCGCGUGGAUUCGCGCCUAUAGCGCACGCAGAACACGUGACUCCAGCGCGCCGCUUUACUUUCGCAUCCCGGUCAGCUAGCAAUAGCGAGAAAUCAGCAGCUGAGCCAACGCAACAAGGCCGGACACAAACACCAAGACCCACACGCAAGCUCAAGCGAGUAGAGAGCAUUGAUGACGCGUCUCAGGGGACAACAGCUGGCGAUUCUGAUGAGGAGCAGUACAAUGGGGUAGAUAAGAACCCUCAAGAAGAAGACGAAGACGAAAACGAGCUCUUGUUCGGUCCAUCGCAGCAUAAACGGCGACGCCUCUCCCUCGCCCAAGCGUCUAUCGAGAACAUCAUCAACACUCCAACAGCUCACCCUCCCUCAACACCAGCGCUGGCAUCCUACCGCUUCCUCCCACAGCGAACACCUGUCCCCGCAGCCGAUCCUACAACUCCGGUAGCCGCACGGCCAACCUUCCUCUUACCAUCUCAUACCUCAUCGAGUCCGCCUUCACAUCCUCUGCCAGAGGCAUUUUCUCCGCAGCGCCGAGGCCAGAAGUAUGUUCCUGGUGGGCUAGCAAGCACCGCCCGGAAUUGGAUCAUGGAGGUUGCGCAUACCACGAAUAGCUCCGCCAAAUCUGGCGCUGGGGAUGGAUACCGGGUCAAGCUACGUGUCUCAGACUUAAGCACAGGGAAUGAUCCAGCUAGACUCGAUAGUGAGCAUGUUGUGGAGAAUAGUCAUGGAGGCAUGCUACUCAUCCAGGGCGCUCUCGAGCCGGAGCGAGAUUAUGGGACUGGAACGGAGGCACGAGCGAUUCUCGCUAGACAUAGUGGGCGGAAGUCUGCUCCUUUGCGAGUAAGGCUUGGUAGUAUAGUAGGUAUAAGAGCGCCGUGGUGGGACGUGGAGAUAAGAGGGAAGAAGUGGAUCGUCGUAGCUGACUGGGGCGUGGUCUGAGCAUUCUUUUACAACGUCAUGCUUUGCUGAUUAUACUGCGUGAGUUAGAUCCCGUUUAGUAUGUCUCGAAGAUAGGUUCUCAUGUCACAUUUCGGUUUUCCAAUACAUGAACAACAUGAGGACC